AUGACAACGCAGUAUAAAAGAUUUACGAGGUUAAUAGCCAAGUGGCCAGUGGACAGCAAUAAAGGUGAUAGGGACCUUGGUAAAUUGAUUCGGGAUACAGUUAAGAGAGCCUUCGAAUUGUCCAAUUCACAGGAUCUUAACUCAGAGUUUUGCAAUCAGCAGUACAAUUCAUUGAAUAAAUUAGCUGACAACUACUACAAAAAGAAAUACAAGAGAAUAAGACAAAGUUCUGCAACAGGUCUAAAUACUGAAGAGUGCAAUAUAAUUCUUUCUAAUGAAGUGUUAGAUUAUUUAAAAGAGGAAAAUAAAAGUUUCUUUCAUAAGAUCUUUAAAAAGGAUUUAAAAUGA